UUCAUCAACAGAGUAACAUCUGGCCUAAUGGCCCAAUGGCAAGGCGCUUGACUACGAUUCGUUCGGUAAUCAAGAGAUUCCAGGUUCGACCCCUGGUUAGGUCAAAACACCAAUUUCUUUUUUGCUGUUUUUUGUGCGGUGCAGGAGGUGGGGCAAACGGGCCUGGAGGGGUCAUUCUUCUGGCUCUGCCGGUCAAUUUUACUUUUUGGUUGUUAUUUGUGAUAAUCGUUACUUUGAUUUUUUAUGCUACGUAGUGAUCUGUUCCACCGGCAAGGAUAGCAAGCUUCUAGCACGAUGUCGCGCCUUCAACGUAUUAUCACUAGCUUUUGCUGCGCUGCCCAGCUCAUCUAGUAGCGUAAAUAGAUAUAUUUACAUCCAGAACUCAAACA